UACCCACAAACAGUGUUAGUUCAAAAUGCUUCCUCAUCUGUUGGCAUCGUCGGAGUGCUUCGCUCUGCGGGCGGAGCACAACGGCAAGUUCCUGCAGCCCGUGCACCACGCACGACACGGCGGCAUCCGAAUCGAGGCCAGCGCCGACACCACCGCCGGGAACGCGCGCGCUCGGUUCUUCCUGGAGCCGUCCAAGGAGCACCAAGGCCUCGUGCACAUCAGGUACUGCUACAACAACGCGUACUGGGUGCUCGUGGCCGACAGCGACGACGACCGCCGAUACGUGAGCGCCGCCGACGAGCCGCACGAGGACCUGUCCAGGGAGUCGUGCACGCUCUUCGAGCCCAUCCCUGUCGAGGGCAACGAAAACAGCAUAAGGUUGGUUAAGAUUCGAAUUGCUCAAAGUGGAUCAAAGGGAGGAUAUGCUACCAUGGUUCCCGUGUUUGAUAUAUCCAAACCCUACUUGCAAUUUCAUAAGAAUGCAGAAUCGUCCUUCACUGUCAUUGUUAAACUCUCUCGUAAACCAGAAGGUGGUUCAGAAGAAAUAACUGUAACACAGGAUUAUACAGUGCCUCCGGGGAAAACAGUCAUAGCAAAAUUUGUUACAAUGCGCGCUUCAUGUGAUGUUCCCUACUCGUACUCCCAAAACGAUGUUCUGACCAAUGGAGAAGAAGUUACUACAUUCCACAAGGAUGGCAUCUAUACUAGUGUCAAUACAUAUAAUUUACCAAUCUCUGUAACUCAAUCCUGAAGACAAGCUCAUGACGAAGUACCGUUCACGUAGUCCUGUUGUCCGCAACAGGCUGGUUUUUCUUCAGUUAAGUUGCAACGUUAGUUUCUUUCAAUAGGAGAAUAAGUCAGGCGUGUUCACGAGUCUGUUCGCACAUGUCCUAGUUUGUAACUAGAUUUAGCAUGUUGCUUUGACAUGGGAUGGCACAAUCUGAGGUCAUGGCAAUGAGUCCGGUGCACGAGCGACUCGGUCUAUGAGUUUGUUACAGAUGGAAUAAAUGGAGAGAAACAAGAAAAGCUGCAGUUGUUGCACGCAGCGCAAAACUCCUGUGUCGUGUCUCUCUCCUACUCUUUUGUUCUACACAAAAACGAGAGAGUGAGAAGAGAUUGCAACACAACACAUGAUCGUCGUCUCAACGCUACAGGUUUACAUCAAAUCAAAUAAAAGGAAGCUCUGUCUUUUGCUUUCCUUUUGGUUU